AUGGUAGACACCAAUGAGAUGACCAUCAACCUUAGUCAGAUGGGCAAAAGCGCUGCUGGGAACAGCCUGCUGGGCAGCUCAGACUUUGAGAGUCAUCGCUCCCCAAGCUCUGUGACUACAUGCUGCAGCCUUGGACGCAGCUGUCUCAUUUCAGGGAUUAUACGAAGAAAUGGCUGUGAGCUAGCUCUCCGUGUUCGAGUACUUGACACUCCAAGCUACCCUCACAGUGAUCUGAGCAAAGAGCAGGUGAGAGACUCUGUGAGAUCUGCCCUGGCUCACCACUUCAGGGAGGAAGGCCUGCAUCUAGCUCUCUUGGUCCUGAGGGCUGACUUGCCUCUGUGUCUGGAUGAAAGCAAUCACACAAUUCAGUUCAUCCAGGAACUUCUGGGUCCCACAUGGAAGGAUUUCACUGCAGUUCUACUCACUCAUGCAGACAAGGCAGAAGAGGCUGGAUUCAGUGAGAAAGCAUAUGUGCACAGUGCCUCAAGUACCCUGUUGUCGCUUUUGAGCUCAGUAUAACAUAAAUACAUUUUCCUAGACAAUCAGAAGAGUAUAAUUAAAGAGGAAAGAGCUAUUGUCUUAAGAAAGCUCUUGAAUUUUGUAAGAAAAAAUAAUUAUCAAGUGCUUCUACUUAAACACAGAAAGUAA